CAAGAAACACCAGGAAGCAGAAGUGGAUUAUGGGAGGACGAAAAUGAAUCUGAAUACAACACAUGGCUGUAGUUUUAAAUGUAAUGUUUUCGUGUACAAGAUCAAGCUUUAAUUGUAUCGUAAAUGAUUUCAUUGCAGAUUAAUGAAAUUACUGUGGAAUUUAAAUCAUGAAUAUUUCAAAUGAUAAAAUUGGCGAGGAUGACAAGAGGAGCGUAAGAGACAGCCAAGAUAUGAUACUAACUUUCCAAGUCUCCUUCUUCGCAAUGUGUCGCUUGUCUUCGUUUCCGUGGAGUACCCUUGAAAUGAAAUUGCAAUGCAACGAUUCCUCCGAUAUUAUCCUUGAAAUUCUGAAGAAGACAUGUCUUCAUUCAAUAUGUCGAAAGACUCCCCCAUCUGUUAAGUACAGACGUAUCUUCCUCUCCGAAUUGAUUAAAAGGCAUGAAGCCACAACAGCCGAACCGCUGGAUGACCUGUACGAUGCUUUAGGCGAAGUUGUGGGUGCAGAAGAAGAACCGGUGUGCUACAAAAGCUACUUACUGCCCUCGGGAGAUGCUGUCAGCCUUUCGGAAAGCAUGGCCCUCAUCUCUGAGGGAACCACGGGCUUGGUGACGUGGGAGGCCGCGCUCUUUAUGGCAGAAUGGGCUCUGGAGAACCCGCAAAUCUUCGCAGACAGGACUGUGCUGGAACUGGGCAGCGGGGUGGGGCUGACGGGCGUGGCUGUGUGUCGGUCCUGCGCCCCGCGUCGGUAUGUGUUCAGUGACUGCCACCCCAGUGUGCUGCAGCAGCUGCGGAACAAUGCACGGCUCAACGGGCUGCAGGUCGGCAGCGGCCCUCAUGCGACCGUUACUGUGGAGGAGCUCGACUGGGCUGCUGUCACAGUGAAGCAGAUGCGGGAACUUAGUUUUGACACGGUUAUCGCUUCAGAUGUGGUAUAUGACCCUGAAAUCAUUAGCUGUCUGGUGGGGCUGCUGUCCAAGAUAUUGAAUUGCACAGUCAAAGGCAGCUGUGCCAAUGUCUACAUUUCCUCCACCAUACGGAAUCCAGACACCUACAGCUGCUUCAAGACCCAACUCGAAAGUUCUGGAAUCAAACACCAGGUCAUCAAUGAUCCUGUCAAGCCAAUCUUCCCUUAUAACAGGAAUACCUCCAUUGAGAUAAUUAAAUUGUAUUUAUAAAAGCAUAAUGAUUAUGCAACACAGUGCUUUAUAAUAAAGUAUUUACAGUUAUAGUGCAUUGGUAUACAUACA